CUGGAAGCGGUUUUCUGGGUGUCAUGGCCGCUUGCAUAGGCUGCUGCCGCGGGGGGCUGCGGCCUCGGCCCACGUGGCAUCACCCGUUUCUAGGCGCCGUGCGGCGCUGUCUAGGCCCGGGCUCUCGCCUGGCGCCGCUCCUCCAGGCCCGGGGCUUCGGCGGCGACCAGGCGGUGACCGUGGACUUGGAGGGCAGAAACCUGAAAUUUUCCUCUGGAAAACUAGCUAGAUUUGCUGAUGGAUGUGCUGUAGUGCAGUUAGGUGACACAUCAGUGAUGGUUACAGCAGUCAGUAAAACAACAUCUUCUGUAUCCCAGUUCAUGCCCCUGGUGGUUGAUUAUCGUCAAAAAGCUGCUGCAGCAGGAAGGAUUCCCACAAACUACCUUAGGAGAGAGCUUGGUACUACUGAUAAAGAAAUUCUUACAAGCAGAGUGAUAGAUCGGUCAAUUAGGCCACUCUUCCCAGCAGGCUACUACUAUGAUACACAGAUCCUUUGUAAUCUUUUAGCAGUAGAUGGUAUCAAUGACCCUGAUGUCCUGGCAAUUAAUGGAGCAUCUGCAGCACUUGCAUUAUCAGAUAUUCCUUGGAAUGGUCCAGUUGGUGCAGUACGGGUAGGAAUUGUUGAUGGGAAACUUGUUAUUAACCCAACUAGAAAAGAAAUGUCAUCUAGUAUGUUGAACUUAGUGGUCACUGGAGGCCCUCAAAGUCAGAUUGUCAUGUUGGAAGCAGCAGCUGACAAUGUACUGCAGCAGGACUUGUCCCAUGCCAUCAAAACCGGGUUAAAGUAUACCCAGCAAAUAAUUCAAGGUAUCCAACAGCUGGUGAAAAAACAGGGUACUGCCAAGAGAGUUGUUGAGAAUUUAUUUGUUGCUCCAGCAGAAAUUGUGAAAUACACAAAGGAACUCGCAACUGAUGAGCUAUGUAAAGUAUUUAAAGAUUUUAACCAUGACAAAAUUUCUCGAGAUGAAGAAAUUAACAAGAUAAGACUUAAAACAGAAGAACAGCUGAGAGAAAAAUUUCCAGAGGCUGAGCCUUAUGCAAUUAUGGAAUCCUUCAGUGUUGUUUCAAAGGAUGUUUUUAGGAACCUUGUUCUGAGUAACUGUGUAAGGUGUGAUGGUAGAGACCUGACUUCUCUCAGAAAUAUCCACUGUGAAGUGGACGUGUUUAAUAUGCUCCAUGGGUCUGCAUUAUUUCAGAGAGGUCAAACACAGGUUCUCUGUACAGUUACAUUUGAUUCAUUAGAAUCUAGUGUGAAAUCCGAUCUUAUCACAACAGCUGUGAGUGGAAUAAAAGAUAAAAACUUUAUGCUGCAUUAUGAGUUCCCUCCUUAUGCAACUAAUGAAAUUGGCAGAGUUACUGGUAUGAACAGAAGAGAACUUGGACACGGUGCUCUUGCAGAGAAAGCUUUGAAGCCGAUUGUUCCCCAAGAUUUCCCAUUCACAAUAAGAGUUACUUCAGAAGUCUUGGAAUCAAAUGGAUCCUCUUCAAUGGCUUCUGUAUGUGGUGGAAGUUUGGCCUUAAUGGAUGCAGGAGUUCCAGUAUCCAGUGCUGUGGCAGGUGUUGCAAUAGGUCUCAUUACCAAAACUAAUCCUAUGAAUAAUAAAGAAAUUGAGGAUUAUCGUUUGCUGACAGACAUCCUGGGAAUUGAAGAUUACUAUGGCGAUAUGGAUUUCAAAAUGGCUGGUACUAAUAAAGGAAUAACUGCUCUGCAGGCUGAUAUAAAACUACCUGGGAUACCACUAAGAAUUGUAAUGGAAGCCAUCCAACAGGCUACAGUUGCAAAGAGAGAAAUCUUGAAAAUUAUGAACCAAACAAUUGCAAAACCCAGACCAACAAGAAAAGAAAAUGGACCAGUUGUAGAAACUGUUCACGUCCCAGUGUCAAAAAGAACAAGAUUUGUUGGCCCAGGUGGUUAUAAUUUAAAAAAGCUGCAGGCUCAAACUGGUAUAACUUUAAGUCAGUUGGAUGAAGAGACCUAUUCUGUGUUUGCUCCAACACCUAGUGCUAUGAAUGAAGCACGAGAGUUUAUCAGUGCAAUCUGCCAAGAUGAUCAGGAGGUUCUGUUGGAGUUUGGAGCUGUCUAUGCAGCCACAAUAGUUGAAAUUAGGGAUGCUGGAGUGAUGGUAAAACUGUAUCCAAACAUGACUCCAGUACUACUACAUAAUUCACAACUUGAUCAGAGAAAGAUUAACCAUCCCAGUGCUCUAGGAUUACAGGUUGGACAGGAAAUUAAGGUGAAAUAUUUUGGACGUGAUCCAAGUGAUGGCAGAAUGAGACUUUCCCACAAAGUACUUCAGUCCCCAGCGGCACCUGUGGUGAAAACCCUAACUGACAGAAACAGUAUUGUAAUGAGUGGUACAAGUCCACAGUCCUCUAGCUCAUCAUCCUAAUGACUAGUAAAGUGUUGAAACAGUUAUGGAUAUUUCAAUAUACUGUUCUUCUCUGAAAAAUAUUCACCUGUUAUGUGAAUGAAAACCUUGUCUCCCCCACAGGUUUGUACAUUGUACAGUAAUAUUUUAGUUUUGUAAAAAUGCCAUUUGAUGCCAUUUGAUAUUUAACCAUUCAGAGUAGUUGUCUAUUUCUUUUUCCCAUGUUAUGGUUCCAACAAAAAAGUUACGUUCACUGUGGUACAGUUAUAAACUAUGUAAAAUCGAAAAGUAAAAAUAACAGUUCUGGGUAUUCUAAAUAGUUCAAUAUAUCUGAACUUUCAAAAAAAGACUUAUUGUUUUUUAAAGUUUACUUGAACUGCCACAGAGGAAUUAUAAAGCCUAUUCUUAAAGCAUUGUUGUAAAGAUUGCUGCUUUUUUAAAAGUUAAUUCUAAAACUUUUAAACAAUACUUUUAGCGUUUUAACAUGUAUUUGGCUGUACGCUAGGUUUAAUUUUAACCAUUUGCAGAAAAAACAUCAUGUGUAUAUUUUCACAAGUCAACAGAAUAGUAAAAUGAGUGGCUAUAAAAUGUGGAGAAAUCAUGCAGACAUUGGCAAAUAAGAAAAUUAAGUAGCAGUAAAAACUUGCAAUAUUGUCAUUGGCUUAGAAUCUAACUCUAGAUCAGAGGACCUACAUGCUUAUCUUUAAAAAAUGCAAAAAUAAAUUCCAUUCAAAUGCAUUUUUAGGAAAUUGGAGGUUGACUUUUUUUUUUUUUUUACAGUUGAUUCUGUAAAAAACAUGGUGUUUUAAAGACACCUUUUCUUUUUUUCCAGGAAAACAUCACAGUAAUUAAUUAAAAGAAUUCUGCUUCACAUAAAGUAGUGCGUUAGACCAGGGUGGGCAGAAUGCGGCCCGGGGGCCGGAUGCGGCCCACCAGGCCAUUCUAUCCAGCCUGCAGGGUCCCUAAAAAAUUUAGAAAAGUGAUAUUUAUCUGCCCUGGGAUGCCUGUCAUGUGGCCCUCAAUGGCUUGCCAAAACUCAGUAAGCAGCCCUGUGCCCAAAAUAAUUGCCCACCCCUACGUUAGACUCUAUAGAUGAUAGUAAAUCAGCUAAUGUUUACAAAGAGGAGGCAUCCAAUUUCAGAAGUAAUGUAAAGCUUCACAAUAUUGUCUAAGUUCCAGAACAGCAGUAAUGAGAAUCAAAGAACCAUCUGUUGCAUUGGCUGGAGAGCAGGUCUAUGUAGGUCUUUAAAAUAGGCAAUUUAAUUCUUAAAAAGUAUUCCAGUGUAAUUUGGAAAGUUAAAAGUAAGAAGCCCUCCAUUUUGACAGUCCUGUACAAAGGGAAAAAUGAACUCCUAAACCUUUGGUUUUUGAAACGUGACACUUAGUUUUACACCAUGGCUACCGAAAUAUAAUUCUGAGUCAAAAUGCAGCUAUAGUACACAACACCAAGAUGAAAGACAUUAGGAAAAAAUCUGCAGGAAAUGUGAAAGUAUCUUAUUCAGCAUGAGUAACACUAAUCUCUGUUUCAUGAAUCACUAUUUCAACUAUAAAUACCGUCAUUUGUGGUAUUUAAAAUGAGAAUACCAUAAAUGCUCAUAAACCCAGAAUAAAUAAGAAGUUAGGAAUGUUAGGACAUUGCAAUAGAAUCUUUUUAAUUGACUAAACUAGUGAUGCUCAACCCUUUUCCCUGGAGGGCCAGAUGAUCAGUGCCUGGUCCAACCACAGGCCAAAGGCGGGGUCCAGUCUAGCACCCAGGGCCAGCACAGUGCGGCAGCCACCAUAUGGCCACAUGAAGGGGGUGGGGGCAACUUGGCCCUGUGGGGUGGGGGGUAGCUUAAUUUAGCCCUGUGAUGGGAAUGGGGGGUAUGGCCUGGCAUCGUGGGAGAAAGGGGGCAUGGCCCAGCUCCUACUGGGUGUGCAAGGCUUGGGGUUUGAGAAUUUGGCUGUGGGGAGGGUGGCUGUAUGAAUGGCUACUGCUCCCCCACCACCAAAUUUCCCAGCCCAUGCAGAACCCCAUGGUCCAGAUGUGAUGACUCCAUUGGCCCAUUUGGCUUGUGGGCCAAAGGUUGAGCACACCUGGAGUAUUUUCAAAAAUCAUGUUUCUAAAAAUGUUGUUAGAUUAUGUACACAGUGAUCUCAUCACAUCUCUUAGAGUCAAAAGGAUGUUUUAAAAACACUUAGAAGAUGAAGCGUUUUUCUAAAUUCAUGUGUGGAGACUUUCACAAUUAAGAUACUUCUCAUGACCAAUCUGAAGUUGGAAAAUCUUAUUUAAGAAGAGAAAACCAAGUUCUUUAUUAAAAAGCAAAUGGGUUCUAAAGCUGCCAAAGAAAAGAAGUGAAACAGUAUAUAGGGAAGUAUUUACCUCUUCAUGUAAAAUAAACACUGGUGUUUGGAAAAGGUGAAAUGUGAAUGUACAGCAACAAUUAUUUUGCUACUUCACUCUGAGUAAAUAUUAAGAAAGCAUUGACUGGCA